GAAAGGAUUUCCAGAGGGCAGGUGCUGACUGUAAGUGUGCAAGAAAAGGAAGGGAGAGCAAGGAGACUGGGGAGGAGAGAUCCCGUCCUUGCAGUGCAAGCAGCUGGUGAGAGUUUGUGGGUGACUAUUUGAGUAGCAGCCACAAGCUCAUUAUGGCUCAGGUGCUGCACAUGGACCCCAGCUUCCCAGGGAAACUCAACCCGCCUGCUCCCCCUUCCCUGCACGGCAAGGAACAGGAGGCGCCCUACUCAGUGGAGACCCCCUAUGGCUACCGUCUGGACCUAGACUUCCUCAAAUAUGUAAAUGACAUAGAGAAGGGAAACACUAUCAAGAAGGUGCCUAUCCAACGCCGGCCGCGUUAUGGCUCCUUGCCCCGUGGUUAUGGCUACACUGGCUCCUGGUGGACCUCCACAGAGUCUCUGUGCUCAAAUACCAGCAUGGACAGUCGGCACUCCUCCUUCUCCUACUGUGCUCCAGGCUACCAUACAUCACAGAGGCCCAACUUCAGCACUGCCCGGGUGGAGAAGACCUUAAUGGAUGCACGCAGGAAGCUGGAGGAGGAGAAAGAGGGGCGGAGAUUCUCUAACCUGGGCAGCAUGCAUAGCAGCAUGGCAGGCUCUAAUACCUCCAUCAGCAGUGCGCACAGCUUCAACCGGGCCCAGGGCGGAAGUGGUUCCUUCACCCCCUUGAGUUCUGGCCUGUCAACCCCAGUGACCCCAACCCCAGCCCACCUGCAGCAUGUCAGAGAGCAGAUGGCAGCAGCCCUCAGGAAGAUAAGGGAGCUAGAGGAGCAGGUGAAGACCAUCCCGGUGCUCCAGGUCAAGAUCUCUGUGCUGCAGGAGGAGAAACGGCAGCUCAGCGUCCAGUUGAAGAGCCAGAAGUUUCUUGGCCACACACUGGGUUUUAGCCGAGGCCGCCCUCGAGGAGAGCUGUACAUUGACAUCCCUGAAGAAGAAGUUAGCACUGGAGCUAAGAGCUGCAUCAAGCCAUCAGGGUCACUGUCUCCCACCACAACUGAGAGCUCCAAACAAGACUCGGGAUGUGAGAUUGAGGACACAGUGAUCGUGGGUGGAGCUCGACCAGAUGCAAAGCGGGAAGUCCGCACAAUUGGAGUGGGACCAGAGGUUGAGAGGACCAGUCAUCAGGUGGGAGUUGGGGUUGAGGAGGUUGAUCUUGGGUUGCUACCAGAGGCAGAGGCUCUCAAGAAUAAAGUGAGUCUGCUUGAAGGCCAGCUAAAGAGGAUGAUGGAGGAGCGGCAGGCUGCAGUCCAGAAGGGCCCUCAGGCAGAACACCCAGUAAUGGCCACCAGCAUGGGCUGGCAGGAGAUGCAGGACUGCAAGCUGCAGACUCUGGUCAGCUUCACACAGCAGCCCCAACAGAGGGAACAGAGAACUGUGGGAAUCCAGGUGUACACACUGGAGCAGCCUACUGUGGUAGAGGUUGGCACACUGCUGCGAGCAGUAAGCUGCAGCUCUCCCUCUCCUCAGCCAGCUGUUGGAGUCAUGGAGGACCACCACAGAGGACAAACUGAAGAGGCUCCAGUUGAGUUGCCGAUUGCGGUCAGCUCCAAGCAGGUACGCGAUGUCUUAAAGAGCGAGCUGUCCACCUCAGUACCUGUGUCUAAUCCUGCCAUCGCUGUAGGCAAUAAGAUUGGUUUGAUGCAUUUUAAAGAAGGAGAGACACACCUGGAUACAACCACAGAGACUGUCCAGUCACUCGAGGGACCUAAGCCAGCCUCAUCUCCCCAGUCCUCUUUGAGGUCCAUUAUGAAGCGGAAAGCAGAGGGUGAACCUGGCUCCCCCUCUACGAAGAAAAACCUGCAAUUCAUCGGAGUCAAUGGAGGCUAUGAGUCUACAUCCUCAGACGAUAGCAGCAGCGAGAGUUCGGAUGAGGGGAGUGACUCCAGUGAAUAUCAUGAAGCCAGAGAAAAAUUACCCGAGUCUGCAGUCCAGCACCAGCAAAUAACCCACACCAAGGCCUCCCAGCCCCAAGAAAGCAACGGCGUACCUCAGCAGACUGUCGUCAAACCAGCAGCCACAACCACUCCAGACUCGCAGCAGAGUCUUAGCCAGUCUUCAACUGUAGACACAACACUGCCAGACAAAGCCCCCCUGUCACCAGCACUGGACACUGUUGUGCAAAAAUGUGCCUCACAGUCACCAGCAUCCAGCUCCUCUCAGAGUCCACCAUGUCCAGCAAACAAUUCUGCCUCUAAAGAGACUGUCAGCCAGUCCUCGGAAAAGCACACAGUCACCCAGGAGAUCACCUCAACAUCAUCCAGCACUGAAUCCACUUCUGAACAAAGCUUCAAGUCCCCAGUUACCUGUCCUGCACUGCCGUGUGUCACUAAAACCACUGAGAUUACCAAGCAGCAAUACACCAUCCAGUCAUCCACUCUCUCCAGCCAAUCAGAGUCCAAGCCAGCAGCUGAAAGCAUCACGAAGGACACUGCAACUGCAUCUGCCACACAUGUCAGACCGGAGCUGAGUGACAGCCUGAUGUCAGCUCUUAAUGCUCUGCAGAAAGCCCUCGGAGAGCCCAACGCCUUCAGCCAACCAGGAGCAAGGGCGGCCUACACCACUGUGCUGCAGGAAUGGCUCCGUGUGUCCUGUCACAAAGCAGCGGAUACAGCUGUUGUCAAGGCCUAUAUGGACACCUUUGCCUCACUCUCCCCUCAGCUGCUGGAGUUUGUGAUCAACAUGGCAGAUGGCAAUGGCAAUACAGCGCUUCACUACACCGUCUCCCACUCCAACUUCCCUGUGGUGAAACUGCUGCUGGACACAGGCUUGUGCAAUGCUGACAAGCAGAACAAGGCCGGCUACACAGCCAUCAUGCUGACGGCUCUGGCUGCAUUCCACUCUGACAGUGACCUUCAAACUGUCCUGCAGCUGCUGCGCACAGGGGACGUCAAUGCCAAGGCCAGCCAGGCCGGCCAGACAGCGCUGAUGCUAGCAGUCAGCCACGGUCGGGGGGACAUGGUGCGGGCCCUUCUGUCCUGUGGGGCACAGGUCAACAUCCGGGAUGAUGACGGCUCUACGGCACUCAUGUGUGCCUGUGAGCACGGUCAUGUGGACAUUGUGCGUCAGCUACUGUCUGUACCGGGCUGUGAUGCCACCCUCACUGAUAAUGACGGCAGCACUGCACUGUCCAUUGCUCUGGAGGCCAGCCAGAAUGACAUUGCCGUUCUUUUGUAUGCUCACCUCAACUUUGCAAAACCUCCUUCCCCUGUUUCACCGAAGUCUCCUCUCUUGGGUUCCUCUCCUCCUGCUGGCGAAACAAAAUAAAGCCCUCUGCCUCUGAAGCUUUGCAGCCUAUCCACAGCAACAGAAACAUUGAGUUUGUGUGUGUUUGUUUUCACCCUCCAUAAUUUAAGUACGUUAUAACAUGCAGAUAAUUAUUUGUCAGCUUGCACCAUUGUUAUCCAUUGCUUUCUGUACACAGUGGUCUGUUUCUCAUCACGUUGUGGUUGAAGACGUGCAUUUUCUCAUGUGGUACAAUCUGAAAAACUGAACCUCUAGAUCAGCUGUGUAAAUAUUAGUUCAGUCUUGCAAUAACCCAGUUGUCAACACUGUUUCUAGUGGCAUAAGUCAAAUUUGUUCACUAAAUGACAUUAUACAUUCAUUAUUUUACAUGUUUUGUUCUAUUUCAUAUGGAUUUCUUACUAGUUACUUUAUAGAGUGAAAUGUUUUCAUUGUAAUUUGUACAAUAGCUGUUACACAGUAGCAUAAUUUUAUGUGAGGCCAUCACAGUCAUUUGGAAUAACAAAAGCCACCCCUCUCAUAAAUAAGUGUCCUUGAUCAAUUGCAUCAGCUAGUUCAUUGGUGCUACAAAAAAUAUAAUCCAUAAAACUCCACUUCAACAGUAUACCAGUAUUUAUACACAAGAUUUAUUUACUCUAGAGUAUUUUUGAUAUUAAUUUUUUUAAAUUCUGACUUUAUUCAGGACCUCCAAGGACGAUGAUUUUUAUUUCCCAGGCAAAUUAUUACACCUUUUUAACCCGAGGACAAACAUUUAUUUCAGGUGCUAAAACCCCCUCCCACCCCCCACCCCAAACAAACCCAAAGCUGUAUCACCCCUAUCAGACCUAUGACACUGUAAAUUGUAGUAAUAAUAUUAUGUGGAUGGAUCAGCAACAACACUAGCCUAGCAUCAGUGUGGAAGAAGAGUCAGCAUUAUUCUCUGAAGGCUACGGUACUACGGUCUUUAUAUUUUGUAUGUGAAGGUAUUUUAGAUGGUCAUAAGGAAAUUUUAUCUGCAUUUGUAAUAUUGUGAGCUAAUAAGAUUUAACAAGACUGUGGAGAAAUGACUGAAAGCACUGCUGAAGCCACCUCCGCCGUGGUUAUGCUGGGAAGAUUUGUCAGGGAACAAGAAAGUGACUGAUUGGAGUCUUAAAAGGACAUGUCAUGUAAAAUAUGAAUAUCAAUUAAUAUAUGUCAAUUUAAACUGGUCGUUGUUAUGCCUAAAAUCAAAAUCCUUGAGCAAAAGUGCAUUUCUAUUACUUUUUAAAGAUUUUUUUUCACAACUUUCAUAUUCACUUUUAAACUGAAUUUUUAUAAACUUUCAAUUUUUUUAAUUUAAUUAUCUUAUCUUUUAUACAUUUAGGAUUUUUAAGCUCACAACUACUUUAUGUAAUCGCACAGCGCUUUGUUUUAUGAAGGAUUAUGUAAAAUUUUAGAUUGUGUUUCUCUUCUUCUAAUUUGUGCAUUUUUGAAAAAAAUAAUGAAU